AUGGGCUGGGUAUACAAUGCCUCUCCGGAGGUCGAAUCCACGUCGAACUACCCAGCCAUCAUUGCUGUGUGUAUUGUUUUGACGUUGCUGAUGACAUUAACUGUCUCAACUCGUAUCGCCGUACGUUGGCGACAGCAUCGAACUGGCCUCGAUGACUAUAUCAUGGCAGUUGCAAUGGUAUUCAGUAUAAUUUACGCCACGCUCUGCAUUGUCCAAACAAGGUACGGGUUAGGCUUACCUAUCACCGCUCGACCUAAGCAAAAUCUGCACACAUACACCAGGGUGAACUUCGCUGGUCGUCCAUUUUACCAAUUUGGCAUCGGUCUCUUCAAACUUGCUCUCUGUGUCAGUUAUCUACGUUUGUUGUCCGGUACAUCGAAGAAACUGUAUAGGAUUAUCAUCAUCACGAUCGCCGCCAUCUCAACACUCGGCCAUUUUGCUUGGAGUUUGGUUCUUAUCUUCAAUUGCAAUCCUGUCAGCAAAUCAUGGACCCCAUCUCAAGCAGGAACGUGUCUUCCAUUCGGACCUGUCAACUACGGUAUGGCUGGAUUUUCGAUCGCUUGCGACAUUAUAACCAUCCUUUUGCCCAUUCCGAUGCUUCUGGAUUUGAAAGUUAGACCGGCACAGAGAGCGGGUAUCAUUGCUCUUUUCUCGCUUGGACUUUUCACUACGGUCUGCUCUAUUCUACGAAUGACUCAAAUCAGAGUGAUCGCAUAUGGAAACGGAAAUUCAACAUUGCUUGUGCUUUGGGGAACAAUCGAGUUCAACGUUGGGAAUAUAAUUACCUCCGUGCCAUACUUGGCUCCUCUCUUUAGACGCUGGGUGUCCGACUUUGGAUACCGCAUUGGAUACGGCAGUCGAUCACACACAGUCCGUACCACUGAGAACUAUAUACUGAAAAGCUACGGAAAGAAUAGCAUAAAGUCUAGCGUCAAUCACGAUCCUACCUCCACCGUGUCGAAACGGACCGUCAUACGCACUCCAAGCGAAGAACUGAUCUUGGGAGUAGGCGAUGAACCCGGUCCUCGAGAAAUUAUGCGGACAACGGAAUAUAAGGUUGUGGUGGACGAGGAGAAAAAGAUCAAAGACUAUAGUAAUUGA